GCACUCGAAUGGGCUAUCUCAGCCAGACAGAUACGGCGCUCAAAUUUCAGAGCGAGUGUUCUAACGACCCUCGAGAGCUAUCACUCAGACGCUAGGAGUUCAGAGUGAGGGCGCAUUCAAGUGGUGAAUGACGACAAGGGGCUCGUGGGACUCCGGAAGCAAAUGUUUGGCUGGGCGGCGAACAGUGGACGCGAUGCACAUCAAGACACUAACCAUACAUGGGUUUAAGUCAUAUCGAGACCAGACCGCUAUUGAACCGUUCAGUUCCAGCCAUAACGCUGUAGUGGGACGUAAUGGAAGUGGGAAGAGCAACUUCUUUUCUGCGAUACGGUUCGUCCUGUCUGACGCGUAUACGUCCAUGUCGCGAGAGGAACGUGGAAGUCUGCUCCAUGAAGGAGUCUCUGUUACCACUACGCUUAGCGCAUACGUCGAGAUAAUCUUCGAUAACUCGGAUAAUCGAUUCCCAACUGGAAAAGAUGAGGUCAUAUUACGACGCACUAUUGGGCUGAAGAAAGAUGAAUACUCGUUAGAUAAGAAGAGUGCCACAAAAGCCGACGUCAUGAACUUGCUGGAGAGUGCUGGGUUCUCCAGAUCAAAUCCAUAUUACAUUGUGCCUCAAGGACGGAUAACGAGCUUAACCAAUGCAAAGGAUCAUGAGAGGCUCGCGCUCCUGAAGGAAGUUGCUGGUACAAAUGUGUACGAGAAUCGACGAGCCGAAUCACUUAAGUUGAUGGAGGAAACUGAAUCAAAAAGAAGCAAAAUCAAGGAAUCCUUAACUUUCAUCGAAGAGCGACUCCAAGAAUUGGAAGAAGAAAAGGAAGAACUGAAGGAGUACCAGGAAAAAGAUAAGGAACGUCGAUGUUUGGAGUAUGCCAUGUAUCAGCGAGAGCUCGGUGAAGUCGGGCAAAUGCUUGAGGAGAUCGAGAUAAAUAGGAGGAAGGAGAUCGAUGAUUCGAAUGAGAAGCGAAAUGAAUUUGCGGCACGAGAAAAGGAAAUUGAAGUUCUGAAGGAUCGGAUUUCGUCCUUGGAGUCUUCCCUAUCUGUUUUGGCCCUUUCGAAGCACGGGUUGACUAAUGAAAUGCAGGAUCUGUUAAAGGCGCGUACGGAGCUUGAGUGCAUCAUUGAAGACCUUGGUCAGGCGGGUCAGAAAGGGGCGGCACGAAAGAAGGGGCUCAAACGAGAGCUUAAUGAGGUGGAAAAGCAGAUUUCCGGGGUUGAAACUGAGUUAAUGGAGGUUGUUCCUGAGUGGGAAGAUCGCGUCGCAAAGGAGAAGGAGGCCCUUGCUAGUUUGGACCGUGCACAGGCCUCCUUAGAUACAUUAUACGCUAAACAAGGGCGUAUCUCCCGUUUCAAGUCUCGGACCGAACGUGACAUGUUUCUCAGAAAUGAAAUUGAUGCUAUCGCGGCGCACGAGAAGAGCCAGGCUCAAGUCAAAGCGAACAUGCAAACUGAGCUAACCAACACACUCAAGACAAUUGAUGAGCUUAUUCGCAAAGGCAAUGAAAUCGAGGAGAACCUGAACGAGCGGCGAGGCAAGUUGCAGGAAAUGCAGGAAGAAGUCAACAAUCUCCAGCAUAAUCUCCGCGAAAAGACAGAGCAGCGCAAGGAAAUGUGGCGUGAAGACGCGAAGCUAUCGCAACUCAAGAACAAUGCCCAGCAGCAGCUGCGGGAAGCGGAGCGGAAUCUAGCUAGUACGAUGGAUAAAGAAGUGGCUUAGCAGCCGUUGACUCCAUCGCCGAGCGACUCAGGCUUGAUGGCGUUUAUGGGCCUCUUUAUCGUUUAUUUGAAGUCCCAGAUUCCAACUA